AUGGCGUCCGGUGGCAUUCAACAAGCUAUGUUUCCGCAGCCACCCUCCUUUCCUCAACAUGCCCACUCCAAUUCUCUAAACAACUCUUUUCAGCAAGCCCCUCCUUUGGGAACCUAUGAAGCUCAAUCCAUUCCCCCCAAUAUUGCUCCUACACCUCCCUUACCUCGACCUGGCUCUCAACACCAACAGCAACCACAAAUGGUCUAUAGUAUUAAUGGCGGCGCGCCUAUGACUAACGGAAAUCCCAUGAUGCAAGCUCCCAAUCCGUAUGCUGGAUAUCCGGAUCAGCAUGCCUAUGCACAGCCCAAUUUCCACAGCAAUGCAGUUAAACCUCCACAAAUCUACACUGCUGUUUAUUCGAAUGUAUCGGUUUUCGAAAUGGAGGUUAAUGGAAUCGCUGUCAUGCGACGUCGUGCUGACUCAUGGUUAAAUGCGACCCAGAUCUUGAAAGUUGCUGGUGUCGAUAAGGGCAAACGGACAAAGGUUCUCGAGAAAGAAAUUACCGGCGAACAUGAGAAAGUUCAAGGUGGCUAUGGAAAAUAUCAAGGCACUUGGGUUAACUAUCACCGUGGUCGCGAGUUUGCCCGGCAAUACGGCGUUGAGCAGUUGCUCCUCCCUCUGUUUGACUAUGAAAUUGCCUCUGAUGGUAGCGUCGGCCUCAAUCAUGGCAUUGAAACCCCUACUAAAGAACAGGCUAUGGCUGCACAGAGAAAACGCAUGUACACUGGUGAUGGACGGCCACAAAGUCAAUCUGCUGGAGGUACCUUUUUCAAGAAUAUGUCUAAUACUGCCGCCAAUGCCAUUCAUGCACUCAACCGGACUCGCCUUGACUCGCCUGGUCAGCUGGAUGGACGCCGCUCAGCUGGGCCUCGGAGACAAUCUCAAUCCUUCUACGGGCAGGAUCCCAUUUACGGCCAGGGAGCAAGUCAACAGAGCAUGCAAAGCAUGACUUCACAAGAUAGUUUCGGAACCAAUGGUGGAAUAAUGAGCCAGAACGCAAGUUUCGCCGAUUUUCCUCCUACAGACGCGCAAGAACCCCCUCGCAAACGAAUCCGACCAUCUCCUCAAACAUCGUUCCUGGGUAACCCCUAUGAUGGGUCCAUGGAUCUUACGCUUCAAGAAGGUACCCCUACUGAGCACGCAUCAUUCUUUUCUCAACCAGGUCAAUCUUUCCUAAUGACUUCCGAUAUUCCUUACGGCAUCGAGCCACUGCCUCCUGUGUCAGGGCCUUUAGAAGAACAGAAGAAAGAACUUUUGUUAGAUCUAUUCAUCGAUGCCUCAAGAACGGAUUUUGAAGACCAUCCAGCCUUUCUUCGUCUGAGUGGUGAAGAAUUCGAGCUUCCUAUUGACGGGUCGUGCAAUACUGCGUUACAUUGGGCUGCUACCCUGGCUAGAAUUGCCUUGGUGAAGAAAUUGAUCGAAAGAGGCUUCAACAUGAGGCGUGCAAACAGCGGUGGUGAGACAGCAUUAAUUGCGGCCUGUCAAGCGCGCAAUAACCUGGAUCGAAGCUCAUUUCCGCAAUUGCUCGAACUUCUAAGUCCCAGCAUCGAAGUCCGAGAUGGUCGAGGGAGAACCCUUUUACAUCAUAUUGCCGUUUCAUCUGCUAUGAAGGGGAGAGCUGCUGUGGGCAAGUAUUACCUCGAAUCACUGCUAGAACAUGUUGUUCGACAAGGCACAUCGGCGCAAGCCUCAAUGUCUUUCGAUGGAAUGACGGGAGCAAAUGGCUCAUCUCAACCCGAACCGAUGACACUGGCCAAAUUUAUGAGUGAGAUCGUCAAUGCACAAGACAAAGCAGGUGAUACCGCGUUGAAUUUGGCAGCACGAACCAGCACAACCUCGAUCAUUGCUCAACUGGUCGAAGUCGGUGCGGAUCCCAAUAUAGUCAACCGAGGUGGCCUCGCCCCAUCAGACUUUGGAGUCGGCACUCAUUCCAAUGGAGAAGUGCACGAUCACAGCAUGAUACAAUUUGAUCCCUCGGUCCCCACCAAUAACUCUUCACAAAAAUCAUGUGAGGAGGCGCAAGAGGGGCUCAUGAUCUGUAAGAUAGCACCCAGCGUGGCAGGAAUGAGACUAACCUUGGCAGCAAUCCGGGAAAUCUUAUCUCAGUCCGAAGCCGACUUUACCGCCGAGAUGAAGGAGAAGAGAGAAGUUCUCGACAAAACGAAUGCAGCGCUCAAAGAGUCUGGUAAUUCGUUGGCGGAAGAAAGACGGCGCCUCGAAGAAGUGCGAAGUACGGUAAGAGAAAAAGAAGAACUAGAGCAAAAAAUCAACAAUUUGCGGCAAGCCACGUUCAAGCUACGAUCAGAAAUGCAAUCUGGCGAAACGCCGGUGACGCUUCAAAAUGAUGUGCAGGUGGGAGAGGCUGAUAAAGGACUCGACCUCGACGGCCAGCUUCCCUUGGUAGCACAAUUAUUCCCAUCAGAGAUGGAUGACCCCAGCAACAUGGCUUUGACGCAGGAUCAAGCCAAUUUCCUGGCCAGUCUGGAGCGAGCAGAGGUCUUGUCUGGGCGGACCCAGGUUUAUCAACAACACAAUCAGCAACUCGAGUCGACGGCGAAAACGCUGAAGGCGCGAAGUGGAGAAUUGGAAGAACGAUACAAGCAAAUUGUAAGUUUAUGUACCGGCGCCAGCGAGAGUCAAGUGGAUGAACUGCUGGACGGACUGGUGCAAGCGGUCAUCAGUGAGCAGAAGGAUAACAAUCUGGAGCUGGGGAAAGUACGAAAUUUCCUUCGAAUGGUGCAGGGAUCGGGGAAUUAA